AGUCUAUGUAUCUGUUAAUGUAGGAUCUCCAACUCAGGACGUUGUUGUUGAACUAGACUCAUUGGGCAUCCCUAAGUGUGUUGGUUAAAGUUUGACUACCUCUGGCAAAACAAAACAAAGCAGAUUAAAGAUGAUGCCAUUGCUCAUUGCUGAACACGUCGAGAAGCUAUGGGAUACUUGGAAUAUCAGAGUCCUAAUUAUUCUGAGCAUCUUCCUACAGUGUUUCCUAGUUCUGUUUGCCCCAUUAAGAAAGCAAAGAGGUGGGAAAUGGAUCAUCAUGAUUCCACUCUGGAUAGCAUACCUACUUGCAGAUUGGGUGGCUACAUUCACUAUUGGACUCAUGUUGCGUGCUGAACGCAGUGACAUUGUAGCCUUUUGGGCACCCUUUCUUUUGUUGCAUCUUGGUGGCCCUGACACCAUUACUUCCUUCUCUCUGGAGGACAAUGAAUUCUGGAUUAGGCACUUGCUUAGGCUUAUAUUGCAAGUUGGUUGGACCAUCUAUGUUAUCCUUCAGUCACUCCCACAUAACAAACUUUGGCUGCCAACUCUCCUAGUUUUAAUUGCAGGGGUAAUCAAAUAUGCUGAGCGCAACCGUGCCUUUUAUCUCGCAAGCUUUGACCAUUUUGGGAAUAAUUGGGCAUGUCCAUCAUAUUCUGCACAACCUGAAUUGUCUCUUAUUACUUCAGAAUCGUUUCCCAUUUCAGUAUUGGCUCCCAUUCCAGUACAAUUUGAACAAGCUCAUCGGUCGCGGUUUAAAGAGGUUUGGCGCCGCCCUGAGUCGUGUCCGAUGUUUCUUAAGGCAGCUUGCACGGUUGGCACUAUCAAGAGCUUACUUGUAGGUCCUCCCAUGACUAAAACAGAACAAGAGCAUUUUGGUUAUUUUAUGAGAGAAAAAGAUUCACAUAAGGUGCUUCAAAUCGUAGAGAUCCAAUUAAGCCUCUUGUAUGAGCUCCUUCAUACCAAGUUGCUCGUGGUUGAUUCCAAGAUUGGUUAUAUUUGCCGCACGGUCAACUUUGGUUGCAUCUUGGGAGCCUUGGUGUCAUUCUCAAUAUUACUUAAGAAGUACUACCAUAAUAAUUUGUGGCAGUUUGACAUCUGCCUGACAUAUGGGUUGCUGACUGGGGCAUUGGUAUUGGAUUUGAUAUCCAUCUGCUUACUUAUGUUCUCUGAUUGGAUUAUCAUUAGGAAGUACACUUCCAGAAAGAAUUAUGAUGAAUUCAUUGAAAGGCGCAGGUGGUCGAAUUUAGUUCCCCAAUUAAAUAUUUUUGCCUGUCAUUUCGAGAAUAAAGAUGGAGAUUAUUCAAACAAAUUGUUUUAUUGUCUUGGCACAAGCAGUUUGUUUGAAAGCAUAAGAAGAAGGAUCCAGUGUGUGUCCCUCAAAAAUUUUGAAGAAGAACAAGCUUGGAAGUUCAUAUUUACAAUGCUACGAGAAAAGGAUAUUGGCGAGGCUGGCAAGGAAAUCUUUGGUCCAUCUAGAAUUCUCACCGGUGAUAUUACCAACUUCGCUUGGACCCUCGACAGGUUUGAGCACGUGGAAAGCCUCCUGAUAUGGCACAUAGCCACUGAAAUAUGCUACCGAGAGGUAUGUCCAGAUAACAGCUCCAGCAGUCCUACAUCAACAUCUAAUGAUUGUUUCGAUCACCGACAAAUAUGCAAGUUGAUUUCAGAUUAUAUGUUUUACCUUUUGGUAAUGGAGCCUACCAUGACAGCCACCUCGCCUAACAAUUUGAAGAUAGUUUUUGAGGCCACAGGUUUUGGUGAAAAAUGGAAGUGGCCACUUAAUUGGCAAAUUUUGAUGAAAGACCUGCUGAAUUGGCCAUUGGAAGGCAAUGCUAAAGAGGGUUAUGUAGAGCUAGAUCUGUUGAAGAAAGAUGUGGACAAGUUAGCACCCCAUGAAAAGGAUCGUAUAGCUAGCUUUCGGAGAAUAACCGUUGCAGGUUUUCUUGUCAAGGAGCUCCUCCAAUAUCAGCCCGGUAGCUGUCCGUGGAACUUAAUGAGCAGAUUUUGGGUAGAAAUAUUAUGCUAUGCUGCUAUUCAUUGCCAACCCAUUGUCCAUGCACGACAAGACAAAGGGUACCUAUAACUUUUAAUUUUUCAUCUGUCAGAAAUAAUAUUGGAUUUGGUAU